AUGUACUCUCCCAGCUCUCCAACCGCAGCCAGGUCUGCCGACAACCUCACGGCCUUGUCGCCUCUGGGACAUGGGGAGCUUCCGUUUCAUAGUAACAACCAUAGACACCCUCAGAUGCAUCCCCACCCGUCAGCGCGACGUGGCUCUACGGCAAGCUCCAUUCACUCAGUAGGAGGUGUUCUUGACAGUGCUCCCAACAGUUUGGCUGCUUCUCUUUAUGAAUCGAGCCAGAAUGCUAUCUCGACCCUUCUUCAGCCCCCAAUUGUUCGAACUGGUCUUCAACCUCACACCUCCGCACCAGCUUCGACUGCGCACAAACCUCCGACAGCUCGGGAUAUCCCCCCAGUUAGCUUGACGAAUAUUAAAAAGGUCGACGUUCAAGAAUUCAGCCCAUACCUGACCAAGGUUGGAGCACUAUACGAGCAGCUGCAACGACUAAAGGAAAGCGAUGAAGAGGCCAACAAGGAGCAGCGUUCUGAUCGCCCAGAUACCCCGACAGAAUCGAGCGGUGAUGGGUAUUUACGGCCGGGCCCAAAGCCGCGGCCAACUCGCAAGGGCUCGACUGCAUCACUUUCGUCGAUGAAUUCGAACGAUGGUAACAAUCUAAUCCGAAGACCAAGCGCUGGCUUUAUCCGAAGAUCCACACAAGGACCACCACCUCUGUCAACCAUUCCGACUGUCUACUUUGACGAAGAGUUUCAUCUCGAAAACCCCCGCACAUUCGAUAUCGUGAGCGAACGAUCCGAGGUUAUUCGACCUGCCAACGCCGAGGAUGGGAAGGGUGCGCUUAACGGAAGCGCUGCGGCCCCGCGGAAAGCUCUUGCUACCAACGCGAUCCUGCAAGAAAAGCUAUCUUGGUACAUGGACACUAUUGAAGUUCACUUGAUCAACUCCAUUUCAACCGCCUCGUCUACAUUCUUUACGGCACUGGGAUCCUUGAAAGAACUGCAUUCGGAGGCUGCGGAGUCCGUUGAGAGAAUCAAAACGCUAAGAAAAGAGCUCGAAGCACUUGAUGAGGAGAUUGCGACCAAGGGUUUGCAGAUUGUCCACCAGCGGAGACGCCAGGAAAACUUGCGCCAGCUCAACGAUGCCGUGCUUCAACUCAAGCAGAUCGCGGAUGGUGUUGGGAGCUGCGAGGCUCUGGUAGAUGAGGGUGCAAUCGACAAGGCUCUUGCGAGUAUCGAUUCGCUCGAGAACCUUAUUGCUGGUGAAAGGGAUACCACGGCUGACGACCAACCCACAAUACAAUUGUUGGACUUGCGAUCAGCUUCAGCUCUGCAAGGCGUCAACGCCGAUCUGGCCCUUUUGCGUACGCGCAUUGGAAAGGCAUACGAGACCAAUUUCCAGGAUAUCUUGGUCCGCGACUUGCGGAGACAUGCCGAGUCAGUGUCAUCUCCAGAUAUUCUCCUUAGAUGGGAUGCGUCAGCAAAUCGAUCCAAGGCUGGCCAUACCAGAUCCCCCUCGGUUUUCCCAACAUAUCUGACAAACACCGAUGGGUUGAAAGCCGAACUAUUGCCAAACAUGGUUGGAUUGCACCGAGCGAAGCAUAUCGCUGCUGCAACAGUCGCUUACCGAGAAUCUGUCUUGCGUGAGAUUCGCAACCUGAUCAGACGACCUUUGCCCAGUUCUACGGAUGAUGACAAUGAAUCCAUGAUGUCAGUCUCUACUGCAAGCGGCGGCCGUCAUCUAUCAAAUCAAGAAAAGUCGUCCAUUCUGGCACGGAAUCUGCGGGCGCUGGAUCCCGAAGAUGGCGAAGAUCUUCUUGUCAAAAUCUACAUCGGAGUCACAGAGACACUCAGGAGACUUACAACCCAAGUCAAAGUCUUGCUGGAAAUCACAAGCUCACUUACUGAUAAUGCACAAGCUGAUGCUUUGAAAUCACCACCGGUGAGGUCGCCUAUCUCUAGCCCGAGGCCAGACAGGUUUCCAAGCAACCCAAUGGAUAACGCAAUGUUUGAGGUUCAGGAGGAGCUGCACAAGAGCUUGGAUAUCACCAACCUCCUUGGCCAGGCAGUGGAUGUGGCGAUAGAAAAGAUCGUCAAGGUGUUGAAGGUGCGGGCAGAACAAACUGUGCAGCUACCACUCACUCUUUUCCUGCGUUACUUCACGUUGAACCUUUAUUUUGCCAAUGAAUGCGAGUCGAUAUCUGGCCGAAGCGGCACAUCUCUGAAAAAUGUGGUCAAUGGACACAUCAAAGACUUUGUGCAAAAGAAUCGUGACGCCGAGAUGCAGAAAUUGGCUCAAGGCAUGGAAUCGGAUCAAUGGAAUGCCAAGGACUUUAAUGAAAAGAACACAGAAUUGCUGAAUAUAAUUUUGGGCAGCAGUACUCAUGAUCCUCAAGAGUGGACUGACAGCACCAAGAUUUGGAUACCCCAUGCUGAAUUGGAACAUUCUAAUCAAGAAGAGGCUAUUGAGACGAAUGGGACCAGCAAAGAGAAAAUCAGGACCGCUACAAUUGACUCGGAAACCUUUAUGCUGCCCAAAUCGGCCAUUUUGUGCUUGGACGGUAUCGCCAAAUUUUCUCAUCUCAUCAACGGAAUACCGUCAAUGACCAUUGAUAUUGCGACGUCUCUGAUUACGUAUCUUCAGCUCUUCAACUCGAGAUGUACGCAACUUAUUCUUGGUGCCGGUGCGACUCGCUCAGCUGGCCUGAAAAACAUUACGACCAAACAUCUGGCUCUAGCCUCUCAGGCGCUGUCUUUUACAGCUACUCUGAUCCCACAUAUUAGGGAAUUUGUGCGACGACAUGCUGGAUCGGGCGCAAGCCUUUCGAAUCUGAUGGGCGAGUUUGACAAGAUCAGGCGGCUGUUACAAGAGCAUCAGGACAGCAUUUACCAGAAACUUGUUGAAAUUAUGAGUGGUCGAGCAGCCAUUCAUUCACGAACAAUGAAGACGAUAGACUGGGAAGCGGAUGGGGGCAAGGGCGUUCAUCCAUACAUGGAAACAUUGGCGAAGGAGACAACAACUCUUCAUCGGGUUUUGACUAAGCACCUGCCCGAAACAUCUAUCCAGAUGAUUAUGCUUCCUGUGUUUUCCAGUUACAGAGAUCAGCUUGGGUCAAGUCUCAGAGAUGCAGACCCCAAGACCGAAGCUGGCCUCAAGAGUAUGAAUAAUGAUAUUGAGUUUUUGACAACGAAACUUGGCAAGGUGGAUGGAUUCGGGGACACGGGAGAGUAUCUCCAGAAGAUCAUCAAGUCUAAGCACGUCAAGACAGUGGAACCAGCCACUGAACCCACAACAGAAAAGAAGGAUGAUGAACCCAAAGAGAACGAAGCUGCAGCAGCAGUAGAGGCUGUGGAGCCCGCGGAGAAGAAGGAAUAG